AUGCGUCUUGAAACUCCUUUCGCCCUUGGACUAGCCGCGUCAGCAUCUGCCCUGUGGCCAGUCACUUACUACACCACAACCAAUUGUUCAGGCGCGGGGAAAGAGGUUGGAGGUUACGAAGCGGGGUGCUGGACCCUGGAGGACGGCACGGAAUCGGUCAUGGUCUCUACCGACAGUGGCAACAAUAUUACCUUGAGCACGGGUAGCAACUGCAACGCUCCUUACGGAGAUGAAAGUCCAAGCGGAGUAACCGACCUCUGUGUCAAUACCGCUACAGUAGAAUUCGAAAUCAGUUUUAACUCCAUACUCUUGCGACUUGAUUCGCGAACCCUAAUCUGA